AUGAAGGUCGUCCACGAGCUGCAGCGCCAGGCGCGUGAGGCCAAGGAUGCCUUGGCAGCAGCUGUCAGCAGCAACGACCAUUUGAAGGAGCAGUUGCAUGAACAACAAGCUCGCUUGGAGGAGAAGAGCGGCCAAGAUCUGCAGGAGUGCCAAGAACCCUUUGAGGAGCGUUUGGUGGAGGUGAAACGACAGGCUGAGGCGGAAGUGGCACUCACCAACAAACAGAUUGAGGCCAUGGACGGCGAGGUGCAAGAAUGUGACCAGGAGCUCGUCAGACUUCUGACUGAGCAGGAGGCGUUGAUGGAUGAGGUGAAGCACCUGGCCGGGGACGCUUCCUUCUGGAGGUCCUCUUGGGAUGCUGAGAAUGCGAACCGAGAGGCCCUCGAGAAUGAGAUGAAUGCUGCGAAGCACCAUUUCAAUGGCGAGUUGCUGACGUUGGAGACCGACUGCGAGCGCAUCGCGGUGAACAACGAGGAUUUGGAGCAGGAGAUUCGAGAUCUCUCAGGCGAAGCGCAGCAGAAGCGCCGGCUCAUGGUGAGUCGCGAAGGCGAGAGCAGCGCCCGGCAGGCGGCUGCCGAGGCACACCUCAAAGAGUCCCAGGAGUUGCUGGGCUUUUGCCAGCAGCGCUUGCGGGACGCGGCGGAGCAGCGGGCCCGCGCCACGGCGGACGCCGAAGGGCGGCAGAAAGCGCAGGAGGUGAUUUCGGUCUUGGAGCGGAACUUGGCGACUCAGGUGCAAGCGCGCUUCACCAUGCGAGAGCGCUAUGGCACCAUGCUGGAGAAUGAGCGGCAACUGCAUGAGCAGGCCACGCAGACUGUGACUAGAGACCAAUAA